UUAAGCAGGAUAUUUAAGAUAUUUUCUUUAGAUUAGGAGACUAUGAAAUCUUUAUUUUCUAAGGAAUAUAGUACAGAAGAUAUUAAAGGCGAAAGCCGUAUUAGAAGAUCAGCGUUUUCAAUGGAUGAAUUGGUCGCCAGACCAUCUUCUGAUGUUAAUACGGUUUAUGAUAUCUUAACAAGAUCUUAUAAGUGUUAUGGAUCAAGAAAAGCCUUUGGAUUUCGUAGAAUACUUCAAUUACAUACUAAAAAUAAAGAAGUGACUAAAGUUAUUGGUGGGAAAGAGAUAAAGGUUCAAAAGGACUGGAUGUAUUAUGAACUUAGUGAUUUUGAAUAUGUUACAUAUGAAGAAUUUUAUGAAAAAGUACAUAAUAUAGGAUCAGGGCUUCGUUACAUGGGAUUAUCAAAAAAUGAUAGAAUUUCAAUAUAUGCAGCGACAAGUUUGGAAUGGUUAACUAUGGCAUUUUCAUGUAUUUCUCAGACAUUAACAAUUGUUGCGGCAUAUGAUACUCUUAGGGAUGGAGUUUUGCCAUGUUUUAUUGAGACAGAGAUUAAGGGAGUAUUUUGUGAUGCAGCUCUUCUUUCAGUUAUUGCAGUUUUUGUUAAUUCUGUUACUACAUUAAAGCUUAUAGUAUAUUCUGGAAAGGCUAAUGAGAAUGAUCUUGAAAGUUUUAAAGAGUUUAAGGAUCUAAAGGUUCUUUCUAUUGAAGAAUUAGAAUGUCUUGGCAAAAAUAAUCUAGUAGAACCAGAACCUCCAUUACCAGAUGAUCUUAUUUGUAUUAUGUAUACAUCAGGAUCUACUGGUAUUCCUAAGGGGGUUGUUAUGUCUCAUAAAAAUAUUGUUGCAGCAGUUUCUGCAAUAUCAUCUGUGUUUGGAUAUUAUAUAACUGAUGAUGACUCUGUCUUAUGUUAUCUUCCCCUUUCACAUAUUUAUGAGUUUGUUUUUGAGCUAUUUUCUUUUUAUUCUGGUCUUCUUAUUGGUUAUGGAACUGUGAAAACUUUGAGUGAUACUAAUUGUUUGAAUUCUAAAGGUGAUAUUCAAACAUUUAAGCCUACAAUAAUUACAGGAGUACCUGCUGUUUGGGAAAGCGUGAGAAAAGGAAUAAUUGAAAAACUCAAUUCAUCUUCUAGUAUAAAGCAAAAGUUGUUUUGGGCUGCGUAUAGAAUCAAGUCUCGUCUUUUAUUUCAUUCUGUUCCUGGUGUUGGCAUUUUAAAUGCUCUCGUAUUUAAACAUAUAAGAGCUGCUAUGGGUGGACGUCUUAGAGUUAUUUUUAAUGGCGGUUCUCCUAUCUCAUUAGAAACUCAAAAAUUUUUGAGUACGGUUUUGUGUCCUAUGCUUAUUGGUUAUGGUCUUACUGAAACUUGUGCAAUAUGUACAAUAAUGGCUCCUUCUGGUUUUUCCUUAGGAACUGUUGGUUCUCUUUCUGUAACUCUUGAAGCUAAACUUGUUGAUGUUCCAGAUGCUGGUUAUUAUACUAGUUCAACUCCACAACAAGGAGAAGUAUGGCUUCGUGGUACAUCUAUAUCAAAAGGCUAUUUCAAUCGUGAUGAAGAAAAUAAAGAAGCUUAUACUGAUGAUUUUUGGUUCAAGACUGGUGAUAUUGGUGAAUGGACUGAAGAUGGACAACUUCGAAUAAUUGAUCGAAAAAAAAAUUUGGUAAAAACAUUAAAUGGGGAAUACAUUGCAUUGGAAAAAUUGGAAUCAGUUUAUCGUUCUUGCAAUAUUAUUAGUAAUAUUUGUGUUUAUGCAGAUCCAUAUCAUCUUAAGCCUGUAGCUAUUGCAACUCCUUCAGAUACUCUUAAAAAGCGUCUUUUAGACAAUAAAAUAUCAUUCGAAGAUGAUAUUUCUCUUAUUUGUAAAAAUAAGGAAGUUCGAUAUUUUGUUUUAAAUCAGUUAUUGGAAAUAGCAAAAAGAAAUAAUUUUGCUACAAUUGAAUAUUUGGAAAAUAUAAUUCUCAUUGACGAGGAAUUUUCUUCUCAAAACGGUUUAUUAACAGCUGCACAAAAAUUUCAAAGAAAAAAAAUCUAUGCUAAAUAUAAAGAAGAAAUCGAUGCUGCUUUUCAAAGUCUUAACUGAUUUCUUAGAAAUAUUUCCCUCAAAAUUAAAAUUUAUACUUUGAAU